AUGGUUGCUGAUGAUCUAGCGGAAAAUGGCACUCAGGAGAUCACAGAUGCCUUUGAGAAAGGCUCGGGUUUUGAUCAAACGGAGAGAGGUGCGGUACUUGCGCAAGUGGAAGCAGAGAAGAGGCCGGCUUUGAUCAGAGCUUGGGAAGAGAGUGAGAAAUCCAAGGCUGAGAUCAAGGCAUACAAAAAGCUAGCCAUCACUGGGUCUUGGGAAAACACCCAGAUAGCUUCUGUCGAGGCUAGGAUAAAGGAAAUCGAGGAGGAGAUAGAAAAGAAGAAGGCCGAGCAGGCAGAGAAAAUCAGGAGCAGAUUAGUUGAAAUUCACAAGGAAACCGAUGAAAAGAAGGCGACGAUGGAAGCGAAACGAGGCGAAGACAUCAUCAAGGUACAAGAGGCAGCUGCCAAGUUCCCUGCCACCGGUUAUGUACCGAGGAAGCUCCUCGGAUGCUUCGGCAGCCGAGUUUCCUUGGCCAAAAUCGAUUCAAGAAGGGCAACAACGACCAAAUUUCUCCUCUAA